AGUUUCCAAUGGUGACAACAGUGACUGGCGUCUGGUAAUUGUCUCAUUUCAUGAAUAUUCAUAACCACAAGUGGGAAUUUUUCAGGCGGGUUGGACCGUCGUAUCAGUUCAUAACAACGUACAAGUAUGGCGCCCGCUUGUCCCUGCGUUGUGUGCAAGAAAACCGUACGGCCGAGACAGGAAGCCUUGCAGUGUGAUAACUGUAACAGGUGGCAGCACCGGACUUGUCAGAAAGAGAUCACCAGAGAGUUUUACCGACGGCUGGUGAAUCAGGAGGCAGAGCUAGAGUCCUGGCAGUGUCAGGACUGCAGCCCUACAGCAGAGCCAAGGAAUCCGUCUAAUAGCCAGAAACCGGUCUACCACUGCCCCUUUUGUCCCUACGAGACCCGGCACGGCCCGGCAGUACUCACGAGUCACCUCCGGUCACACCUCGGAAACCAGCACUGCCCUGACUGUGGCGUCUCAGCAGCCAGCAAGCCUGCACUUCACCAACACAUCGCUAGGCGGCAUACCUGUCCAGAUACGACCUACCACGGCGACGAGGAUAACCACCUGGAUGAAGCACCAGACGCCUGUCUUAGUUCAUGCAAACCUUGUCGAUUGGCGGGACGCUACGAUAGACGUGUUUUCGGCCACUGUUGUUUUCUGUGCGACUUUUCUAAUGCCAACCCUCAAAACUUGUACCGCCACGUGAUGACAGCUCACGUACAAAUCGCAAAAUCUCGCGAGAUCAACGAACCGGGACAAACGCAGCAAACACCUACUAGGAACUUUUCAUGGGUAGAUGAUGUCGUAUCACCGGUUAAAGGCAACAGUCCGAAAAGUCGUUCAAGCUACCUGAAGCAGGAGGAAGAAGCCAAGAAUCAGGGUGACAGACAAGGCACACCGUCGGACGAACCACCGAAGACACCACCGACAACGCCUCACACCAUGGAACCCCCACACGCUAGUCCAUCGGCCUUGUCGGUUGAAAAUGAUGGCGUUGACUUCACCCUUCCCCUAAAGAAACGACGGAGGAUUUCGGUAGAAAGUACUGGGGACGAAAACUGCCCUGUCACUGAAUGGCACACCACACCGUGUGAAAAAGACAGCAAAUGGUCAGAGAGACUGUCCCCUGGCUCCGAACCACAGCUGCAGGGACAGAAUGUCACGAAUGGGGUAACAUAUGAUGUAGGUUUCUGUGCAACGUGGGUGCCGCUGCCAUCGUUGUUGGAACAUGUGGAGGUGCCGUUGGACUUGUCCGUACGGAAAGCGCCACCUGCCGACUUGACAGAAAUUGCAAUGCCCGUGAUCACGUCCGUGUUUUCAUGGAAAGACUACCUUUGAAGCGAAAUGUUCCAGUAUUGUACUGAAAGACGUUAUCUUUAUCGAGUGACAGAAGAAGGCUGCUCUUUUGUUUUUGUUUUUGUUAUACGCACAAUUAACACCAGUUCACCUUUAUCCGCGGGGUUACCUAUAUCCGUAAUGUUAUGUUAAAAAUGCGGGGUACUGUAUUCAGAGAUAUCAAGUCGACAGAUGGUGUAAACGAUAUCAUUUCUUUUAAGGAAUAAGAAAUAUUAAAGUAAGUUCUGAUUUUGCACAUUUCUGAGUUAAUUUUAAAACGGCAAGGCGAGGUUACAAGUUCAAAAUACUUGAGUCAUCAAGAUAAAAAAGUGUCUCGAAACUCAAGCUGGUAAUUUAGACUCCGUAUUACAGCAAUAACCUACGCUAUAUAUGAUUAUGAAGUGUAACAUAGAGCUAGAUCCUGUAGUACAUGUACCAGUUAUCGCUCACUUGGAUCAUUGUCGUAUUAUACAAAAGCUGGCGACGAAUAAAGACCAACUUCCUUA